AUGGCUCUGUCAAGUCCAGCAAACGCAGUGGACGUCUCAGCCGCUCUUACGCAGCUUGAGGCACUUGAGGCUGACCAAUACUUCGUAGCUUUUGGACCGGCAGGCAUACAGUUCUGCGGCACGCCGAACGGUUACUCUGCCAACCAGCUUCCGCCAAAAAUCGUCAAGGACCUCAGAGGCCGCCAGAUCAAGAAGGUGGUGUGGGCCUCUUUUGGCAGUGAGCCGAACUCGUUCUUCUUCGCCUACGAGAUGAAGGACGGUAGUCCUGGUUUCCGGCUUGGGAAGGCAGUCCCGACCGCGCUGCAGCCAUUCAUCAAAUAUGCCUCCAGCACAACGCUCGAGCUGGCUUUAUCCUUGCGCGUUCAGCUUGGUGCAGAUGGAUCCUACGUUGCCUGGGCUGGCCCAAAUUGGACGUCGUUCAAGGUUCCUUCUGGCUUGUCAUCAGCACUCUAUCAGCUCAGCUCUGUACACAUCGAGGGCAAGGGGGGCACGCUCAAGUCUGGGAGUCUCGAUUAUGUCGCCUGGCACAACAAUGGAUCGUACUACUUGAAGGGCGCAGAACACUCGUGGAAGUUCCAGUCCGCUUUCAUGAAUCAAGGUUGGAACGAUUUGUGGCGAGGAUACAACUGCGACUUGCUUACUCCCCCCGAGCUUGCUGACCUGGCGUAUGUUGCCAUCGAUCCGCAUUCACAGAAAGGAGACACCUUUAUGUUCAUCAAGAAGCAGCAAUUGGGUAUAGAACCUGCCUUUGUCCUGAAGUUUGAGUCGGAAGACAUGAUCUCUCGAGUACCUCCCUCACCGCCGGCCGAUGCGACAAGUGGUCUUCCCCAAAUUCCCCAUCAGGUGGUCAGCCAUGCAAACCACGCUGAAGACCCUCAGCACUACCACUGGGCAUUCAGCAAACGCGCAGGCCGACCACAUCCAAAGGAGUCCUGGGAGCUUGAGCUGAAACGAGGAGAAAGGGUUAAGGUGAUUAAAGAGAUGGGCAGAGAUUGGUAUGUCGUCCUGAACAGGCAUGGUGUCAAAGGCUGGGUGCAUAGCAGCUGGUUGGAUUUCAGAGGGCUCCAAUUGCACGCCGACCCGCGAGAGGCCUACGCUCGAUGGACCGCCGAUACGGAGAAGAUGUUGACCACUCCUGGUACGAUUCGCAACUUCCCGCACCUUGCAAGCUACCUGGACGCUUGCGCAAAGGAUCUUUGCAAAGCUAUGAAACAGGACAGCCGUGGAAUCGGGAUCUGCGUCCACGACUUGCACGAACUGCUCCGCGGCUCCGGCCAAUACUCGCUGGACCAUCUCAAAGCGGAGCGGAACAAGUGGCACCCCGACAAAUUCGCCCGAUUCUGCCACCCCGAGUCCAGGGACGACCUGAAGCCGAAGGCCGAGGCUCUGUUCGUAUUGUUCGGCGUGCUGAUGGAUUGGAUGGAGAAUCCGCUAGAGAAGUGA